AUGGCAGAUAUAGAACUCGCAAAAAAAGCCGCUGCUACCGAAGCAGUAAAGAACCAUUACCCCCGCGGCGCAAAGUUCGUUGGUAUUGGCAGCGGAACUACCAUCGUCUAUGUUGUCGAAGCCAUAAAGGCGCUGGGUAUUGAUACCUCGACCACGAGCUUUGUGCCCACCGGUUACCAGUCGAAUCAAUUGAUUGUUGACGCGGGCUUGACCGCCGUUGCCUUCGAUGCACUGCCACAGGGAACAGUGCUAGACGUAGCGUUCGAUGGCGCGGACGAGGUCGAUGACGAUUUGAACUGCAUAAAGGGCGGAGGAGCUUGCUUGUUCCAGGAGAAGCUCGUUGCUCUACAAGCCAAGGAGUUUAUCUGUGUUGCCGAUUGGCGCAAAAACCAAAGCCGUCUGCUCACUUCCUGGCCAUCGAUCCCGAUUGAGGUGGCCCCUCUAGCUGCGCGACGAGUAAUUGGCGAAUUGAAGGUUCUGGGGAGCCCGAACCCUCUCCUUCGACAGAAUCCAGUUGAGAAAGCAGGCCCAUUGAAGACUGACCAGGCAUUCCUCAUCGUCGAUGCACCAUUCCCAGCCCUACUCUUGCCAUCUGAUAUUGCUGCUGGAAAGAAGGCAGAAGGUGGUGUCUGGGAGGUAGAGGCACUAGCCAAAGCUAUCAAUGCCAUCACCGGCGUGUUGGAGGUAGGUUUGUUCUGCGGGCCUACUGGCCCUCAGGCUCAGGCCAGCGGAAGGAUAGGCGGACAAAAGCCUGUUGCGGCCUACUUUGGAAUGACGGAUGGAACUGUGACUUCAAAGACGGCUAAGUAA